AUGGACCAAGAAUGCAGAGUCCGAAGAGGCAAAGAGAGAAGGGGCGAUCGCAUUAUUGAGAGUGAAUUAGGCUUGUUUCUUGGCACACAUGGUUCUAUACAGCCAGGAGGUGGGUAUCAAGGGGACUCCAUAAAGGAAGAUAACGCCACAUUUAAGUCUGUCAGAGGAAUUGUGACCUAUCUCUGCACAGAUUAUGGCUGGAUUAAUGAAACCAUUUUCUUCAGUGUUGAUGUGGUGUGUGGCAAUGCUCCACUGAAUGUUGGAAUGAACGUCUUUGCUCUUGUGGAAGAAGAUGAAACAAACCAUGCCUUGAAAACCAUCAAGGUGAAAACCAUGUCUGAUCCCAUUUAUGGUAUCGAGCCUUCAGAAGCUGACAGACAACUUUGCAUUAAGUGCAUUACUGCUGCGACACAGGACAGUAUUUAUAUCAGCAAGGAAACUUUCUUCCCCAUACAACUUCUUUCUGGAGCAUUCAAACCUUUCAAAGGAGACUUGGUACUGGUUGAAUAUUCCAUGAAUGCAGGUACUUCAAACAUCAAUAUCCACUCUGUGAGCCCCCUCAACUCUCAGGAUAUGGAUGAGGUAAUUGACCUCCAUGUUGUCUGCAUUGAUGGAAGAAAUGGCGCCGUGGAGACAUCGCUUUUUCACCGGAUCUCCCAUACACCUCCUGGUUAUACACCUAGGCUAUAUGACAUUGUGAAUGUGGUCACUGUGGACAGCAUCCAACCAUAUUGUUCUUGUAGAGCAGUGUCAAUGAUCCCAGUGGAAAUGGUGUAUUAA